UUACUAUACUUUGUGCAUAAAAUUGUGAACGACGUCGCGUGCACGUAAAAAGGUUAUGUACGUUGCUUUGUGUAAAAAAAUCAUCUUAAAACAUGGUCAACAAUAACUGGAACGAUGAAAGAAGUAAGAAAAGAAAAAAAAAACGAUCAUGCGCUCAAAUGGCAAAAAAAUUCGCACGACAAAGGAAUCAUGGAUCUGACGUAGAUCAUGAUACAUAUCAAUACAUGGUACAUAUUCUGGAAGUGAUGAAAAAUGAUUUUCCUACUGUCGAAGAGAAAUUAAUAUUUGUGAAUAAUGUGUACGAACAAACUAUCGGGCACGAAAUUGAAUAUGCCCAAAAUCAGAUGGGAUCCAGAAUAUUGGAUUCACUUUUGAAAUACGCGAAUUUGGAAACGAUUCAAAGGUUAGUUACUACUUUCAAUCCUUCUUUACGACUUCUCAGUAAUGACAGAUUUGCUAGUCACGUUUUACAAAAGAUCGUGAUGAUUUGCGCCGAUAGAGGAAAUAAAAGAAUAGAAUCUAAUGCUGAACAAAAUGUAGAUGGUAUAGAGGUUAAGGAAUCAGAAGUGGAAUCUUAUAACAGCAUCGUAUUGAAGUUGAGUAAAUAUUUUAUUAAUAAUAUAGAGGAGUUUGUGUAUGAUACAUACGCGAAUCAUCUUUUGAGGACUGUUAUCGAAUGUCUUGGUGGUCUAAUCGACAAGCCUGAAUCUAAUGAUAAAAAAAAAAUGAUAUUUGAUGUAAGACGACCAGUCAUACAAGAGUAUAAAGACUUAUUAUCCUCAACAUGUAACAGAUUAUACAAAUGGCCUUGCUUUUUAGAAUUUGGUAAAGAUGAACUUACAUCUGGAUUAUUGCAAAGUGCUUUAUAUUCUUUAAAGGAUACAUUCCCAACUAUAGUGGAAGAGUAUGUUAAAAAAAUUACAAACGAAUGUUUUAAGGUUGAAGAAGAUCAACAAUUAUCAAAUAUUUUUAACACAGAAAGUUCAAUCAGAUUGCUAGAGGUUUGCUUAUCGGUGGGAAAUCCUAAAUCUUUUAAUGACAUUUAUGAAAAAUACUUUUCAGGCAAUUUGAAACAAUUGUCAUUGACGCAAAAUACAAACUUCGGUGUACAAAAACUAUUUGAUCAUUGCACAGUAAAGGAAAAGUUUGAACAGAUAUUUGAAGAGAUUCACGUGCAUUUUUCUGAAAUUUUUCAAAAAGGUUUUACAGGAAUUUUAGUCAGUGUGGCGAAUGCGUGUUUAAGAUUGCAAGUCAAGCAAGGUGCAUUUGUAACUGAACUUUUAAAAACUCUCCAUUGCGAAGUAAACGAGAAACAACAUCUUAUCGUGACUUGCGUGGUAAGUUUAAAAACAUUUGAUCAAUUAGAAAAUUUAAAAGAUAAGAAGGAAGAUGAUUCGAAAUCUUUGACCAGUUUACAUGGAAGUCUAAUAGUACAGGCUAUACUCAAUUUUAAUAAACCUAUAAAAAUGGUUAAUUCCUUGUUGGAAACCGACGUAGAGGACCUAGUGCGGUUGUUUGAAGAUCCAAAAGGAAGUCGCAUCGUGGAUGCUUACAUGGACAGCAAAUAUAUCGGUGAGAAAAGCAGGGAAAAACUUGGGAAAAAAUUGAAAGGACAUUGGUCGCGAUUGGCUCGCAGUACACAUGGCUCCAGAUGCUUGGAUAGAAUAUGGCGAUCAGCGAAUACGAAUCAGAAAACUUUGAUCAUGGAAGAAUUAGUGACAGCCGGAGAAUCUUUGCGUUCGAGCAAAUCUGGACAAAUAAUGUUGAACAAAUUAAACGUUCCACUGUACGCAAGAAACAAGAAGGAUUGGAUGGAAACGUUAGGAAAAGAAGAGAAAACAAAAGCACUUUUCGCAAAUAUAAUAGGAAACACGGUCAAGAAAGAGAAAUAAGUUUUAAAUUGUUCUUGAAUAUGUAAAUGUGCAAGAAAAGAAAGAUGUCGAUGUUUGUUCUUUAAGCAUUAUGACACAGAAUAAUCAUGUAUUUCGUUAAUUCAUAAAUACAAUCUAUAGAAUCCAUCAUACAUCCCCGCAACGUAACGUAGCUAGAAAAACAUACAACGAUUCGUAAUCUAAAUUUGAGCAAAGUUUUCUAAUGCGCGCGACGGAUAAACUCAUCUUAUGAUUCUCGACUCGACAGUGACUAGACUUAUAAACGUAUACAUGC